CAAAAGGUUUUCAGGCCCAGGAUGCUGUCUAAAUCGGGCUGAUGGACAAAGAGGCUGUUUGGGCCUCUGAGCCAGUGAUUAAGUUUCGCAAAAGCUACGUGCUGAAUCCGUUAAGAAAAACUUAGGAUGCAAGCUGAACAAGAGACUCCAGAGAGCCUAAAAGAUGAUGGAACAUAUGCAUAUGUAAGAAUCACAAGUAACAGAAUGAUACACAAGUCUGGCAACGAUAUUUCAAACGUAUGCAAGCUCAGCUGAGAAGCAGAAAACCAAUCCAGGACACGCUUUAAGACACAAGUCCUCUCCCUUAGUCUCGCCCACGCUGGGAAGCUGGUGGGGUCGUGUUUGAAUAGCAAAGAUGUGCGAACAAACCAAAUUAGGAAAACUGCAGAGUACCUUAGCCUUUCUAGACGCUACAAGAGCCUUCUCUCCUCCCUGUCCAAAUACUAAGCCUGCCGAGAGUGAGGCCUGGAAGGAGGCCCCGGGGAAGCGGGAGAAGCGGUCUGGGCCAAGGGGAGUUCUAUCUGCGAAGACUCCAGGCUCGGAGCGCUACUCACCUGUCUCCAUGGCGACGGCAGCGGCCAUAACAGGCAAAGACACGGAAUCGCCACCUGCCAACCGAGGAAAAGCCCGGAGGGGCAGGAGAAGUUCCGGAAACCACGGCUCCCUCUUCCGGUCCCGGGGCACCGAGGAAUAUGGAGACGGUGGCUCCGCUCAUCCCCGGCCCGCCCCGGCCAGGCCCGCUCACCCCGCGCUGGCUGCUGAAUGGCGAGGGGGCGGUGCCGGGCUGUGGGAGCGCCUGAGGGGCAGGAGCCCAGGGAGGCAGACUUUUACCCUCAAAAGGAAUGAGUCCCAGAGCCUGGCACAAGGAAGACAAGUGUGCAAAGAGACAGAAUUCAAGGUGGAAGUACCGGAGUAUCUGGGGCCGCUGCUGUUUGUGAAACUGCGCAAACAGUACUUCCUUCAGGUUCUGCAGCUGGAUCUCCGUGCAGGUCCCCGGAGCCUUGUUAACCGCUGGGUGGAGGGCGACGGCGUCCUGAGCCUGCCCGAAGGCACCGGCUGCACUGUGGGCGACGACCCUCGAGGCCUGUUCCAGAAACACCAGGAAGAGGAGCUGGAAAAGAGAAGGAAGCGGUACCAGUGGGGAAACUGGAAGGAUGGGUUAAUUCUGAAUGUGGCUGGGGCAAAACUAUGUGACCUCCCUGUGGAUGAGCAAUUUCUGGAAGACAGGAGUGUUGACUUUGAGGUUUCACUGGCCAAAGGGUGAGAGCAAGGGGAGGCUGGGUGAGGGAGGUGUCCUGGUCUAGUGGAAGCCAAGGGGCUUAUGGGUUGCACUGCACUGGACCGGCCCAAGAUCGGUGCCUGUGGUUGUCAUAUUGGAGUCUCAGAAUGAUGCUCGAACCCUUUGCCCCAUCCUGUGCUGAAGGCUGGCUGACCUCGCUAUCAAAAACUAAAUGUUCUGACGCUGGACCUGGUGGCUCACGCCUAUAAUCCCAGCACUUUGGGAGACUGAGGCAGGCAGAUCACGAGGUCAAGAGAUCAAGAUCAUCCUGGCCAAUAUGGUGAAACCCCAUCUCUACUAAAAAUACAAAAAUUAGCUGGGCAUGGUGGCACACGCCUGUAGUCCCAGCUACUCGGGAGGCUAAGGCGGGAGAAUUGCUUGAACCAAGGAGGUGGAGGUUGCAGUAAGCCAAGAUUGCGCCACUGCACUCCAGCCUGGUGACAGAGCGAGACUCCAUCUCAAAAAUAAAAUAAUGUUCCAACUUG